GGACAGGGAGGGCUUAUGCCGGGUGCUGUGCCGGCUGCCGGGCGGGGCCGAGGCGGGCGAACGGGGCUCCUGCCCGCCUCGUCCCGGCCCCCGCAGCUUGUCCCUCGGCUCCGAUGUCGGUUUCGCUUCUCGAAGCCCAGCGGAGCGCUGGGAGCCGGGGCAGAGGGACCCGGGGCAGAGGGACCCGGCGCUCGCCCCCGCCGGGCCGCGCCUCUCCGCCGCCGUUGGACGCCGGCCCCGCCGGCCCGGCCACGGCCCCCCGCGUCACAGCGGGUCCGUAUUUAUUUCCUGCCUGCCGGGCACGGAGAGUGCAGUCCUGCAGCUGCCCUUGAAGAGGCUCCCGGCUGUGCCCACCCGGCUCCCAGGCAGCGCUCCCGGCUUCUGAGAAUAACUGCGGGAACCCUGGCCAAUGCCCUCAGAACAUGUCUGAUUGGACAGGUCUGUGGUAUGUCUGCAAGCUUCAUCAAAUUCUGCUACCGGAAGAAGAGGUUUUCAGUCGAGACCUUCUCGAGGCACCCUUGUGAUUUGUCAGUUAUUGGCAUCGACAGUGACAGCACUGCUCACAGCACAGUGACCUCAUACAGCUCGUGGCAGUACCCUGUAAGCAUCCCUGUUCCUUCUGUGUUUGUGGAUGUGGAUAAGAACACUCUGUCCCCUCCAGCCUACAGUCUCUAUGCAGUGGAGUUGCCACCUUCUUACGAUGAAGCUGUCCGAAUGGGUAAAGAGUACAGUGAAGUAGCACAGACAAGCCAGAAACUCAAUGACCGCCCUGAAGAGGUGACAUCAGGUGGGCUGGAUCCCACCCAGUAUUCUCCUGAUGCAAUCAAUAGAGGUCCAGCAGCACAAAUGAAUUCAGAGAACUCAGGAGCAACAGCACAAGAACAACCACAGCUCUGACUGCUUUCAGAUGGGGAGUAAAGGAAGGCAAAGACUGUAAGAGUUAAGGAAGAUGUGAAGAGUUUGGGUUUAGAAACAGGUUAUGGUGCAAAGAUGUUUCUGCUCCUGCCCUUGUAAUGAUCUUUCAGUUGGAAGAACUGUUUUCUGUGGCUGCUCUAGUCUCCCUAUAAAGCUUCUUCGAGGACAUGAAACAAAGUAAAAAGCUUUUAAAAUGCCUGUAGAA